AUGGCAGGCAAGGCAGGGGAGCCUCACAUCCCCCUGGCCCUGCAAAGCUCUCGCCUGAGAGCUGAAGAGAAGACCCUGGACUUUGAGUUUGAGGUGCUGAGUGCCCAGUUUAACCAGAGGGGCUGCUAUGCCCUGAGGCUCACCGUGGAGAACCCCCUGCUGGAGGGCUCCGGUGCUGGCAUCCAGCUCCACGUGGACCGCGGGGAGGUGGUCCAGAGCUGCACCAGCACCACCGACACCAUCGAGCAGAAAGACCUCAACCACAUCUACUCCUUCCAGAAGAGGAAGUUCACCUUCACCCUGCCCAGAGGCUUCUGCAAGAACGACAAGAACCACGACGUGAGGCUGCGCGUCGAAGCCCUGCGCUUCCCGGGGAUGAAGGCAGAGAGGACGGCCAAGGGGAAGAGCGGCAAGAGGGUGGGCCAGGCCUUCAUUGCCAUCUACCCCCGCCCCAACCAGCCCAGGAUGAAGCUGUCGGCCGGCAAGGACGAGGAUUGGUACCGCUACAGCGCCGUGACGGCUCUGCUGCGGGUGGGCAGCCAGCAGCCUGCCAUGCACUGCGGCCGCUUGGCUUUUAGCGCUUCCCUCCACGAGCACCGCCCUCCCGUCCUGCCAGCCUCACCCCAAACACCAGGCAGCCAGGAGGAAGGGCAUCUGCAAGCAGCUGGCACGACCCCGGCAUCCCCGGUCCUGGCCAUCCCUGCCUGCAACCGCUCGCUGCCAACGCCCGAGUCCGCCUACCACUCGCUGCCCGCCCGGGGCCGUGCCCGCUGCCUCCAGCGGCCGAGGGCUGACCCUGCACUCAGCUCCUCCCCAGAGCUCCUAAGCGGUGAUUCAGCAGACGAGCAUCCUUCCUCCUCCUCCUCUUCCUCCGUGCCCACCCUAAGGCGACCACUGAGCAGUUUCCACCUCUCCUCCCCAGGCUACAGACAGGAUCUGGCCUCCUGGCCAGCACAGGUAGCCAAGUCCCCUGCUGAGGCAGAGGAGCCUGCAGGCACAGCAGUGGGCAGCGGGGGGCAUGUGGCCAGCGUGGGGAAGGAAGCCAUCACCAUCACCCUCCAUGGUGCCAGCAACCUGCCGAGCACGCAGGAGGGACAUGUGCCGUGGCCUUACAUCGUGGUUGAGACCAGCAGAGGAGAUGAGCAGCAAGCAACUCAUGCAUCCACAGCACCCACCCAUGCACCCACCUGGGAGGAGGAGGUGACAGUGGAAAUGGAUGCUGAAGAUGCAGGCUGGGCAGCCCUGACUCUCACCGUGGCAGACAAAGCCACCAAAGAGGCUUUGGGCACCUUCCAGCUGCCAGUGAGGCACCUUCAGCCCUUCCAGCCCCACCACUGCAGGCUGGUGCUGCCAAGGGAGCAGCAUCCCGUGGGGACAGUCCUGAAUGUCACCAUCACCCGCAAGAGGAGCUGCUUCCCUCGCUGCAAGGGGCUGAGCUACGUGGCCUUGGAGGUGCUGCUGCAGGGGCUGUCGACCCCCUUGGCCACCCCCUCCGGAGCUCUGGUGGCUGUGGCCAGAGUUGUGAGCAAUGUUCAGGAGUACAAGCACCUCAGGGAAGACCAUUCCAUCUCCUAUCCUGGCAUCAUCCCCACCACCAUCACAUUCCCAGACCCUCCAGCAGCAGCCUUCAGCAUCGCCCGAGUCGCCAACCACGGCUGCCCGCAGAUAUCCCCAGCAGCUGGACCACCAGAGAAGCCAACCUGGGACACUUCCUUCCUCUUCCAAGGCCAAGAUGUGGCCACCAUCUUCUCUGAAGACACUGCCCUGGUGAUUGAAUAUUAUCCAUACAGAACCAUCUGGGAUGCUCCUGGCACUCUCAUUCCCUUGGGAUACUCAGUGCUGCCCCUCACCAGCAGUGUUUUUCAGCAGCUGGUGGCACGGAGAGGUGGGAUGCGUGUGGAGGGCCUGGCUGUGCAGGGCACCAACCUCAAAACCACCUCCGGAGCCAUCCCGACCGUGGAGCUCUGCCUGCAGCUGCUUGCAUCAGAGAGACCAGCAGAAUUCCUGACUCCUCUGGGCAGUGAUGCCCUUCCCAAGCUGGACCUCACCACCACCACCACCAAGCUCAAAAGGGGUGAAGAGCUACACACAAGCCGUGGGCACCCACUUUAUUGCCAGCUCCACCAGGAUGAUGUGUCCCUGCCAGCAGCUGACGCCAUGGCCAGCAUCCUGCCUGGACAGGAGCCCUUCACACAGGAGAUGGGAGCACCACUGGAGGAGCAGAGGUCCCAGGACACCACAGGGGAUCACCAGGAGCCAGGGGCGAGCAGCUACCGGGUGGCGCUGAAGAGGAUGGCAGGGGACCUGCUGUCCCUGCGCCGCCGAGCCGCCAGCCUGGAGGUGGAGAACAGGCAGCUGCGGCACAGCCUGGCCGGGCAGCAGGAGCUGGGCCAGGCUCUGCUCCACGACACCGACCUGGACGUCAUGACCCGGGAGGAGCUGCUGGACAGGCUGGCUAGCCUCAAGCACAAGCUGGUGGCCAGCACGGCAGAGCUGAGGAGGCUGAAGGACCGAGUCCAGCAGCUGCAGAACGAACUGAUCCGGAGGAACGACCGGGAGAAGGAGCUGGUGCUGCUGCAGAGAGCCCAGCGGCAGCAGCAGAGAGCCCAGCGGCAGCAGCAGCAGCGAGCAGCGCUGAGGAGGUGCCAGGAGCGGGCGGCCAGGACCGAGGGCUUGGAGCAGACGGUGAGGCAGCAGGAGAAGGUGAUCCAGAUGAUGGAGCAGGUGCUGCGGGAGAAGCUCUCCAGGGUGGGCAGAAGCACUGAGAAGCCAGAGGGCAAAGCUCUCCCCAGGGAGGUGUACACCACGCUGCUGGCAGAGAACCGCAGGCUGCGAGAGGAGCUGGCCAGAGCCCCCCAGCCCUCAGCCCACAUCUCCCAACAGCCUCCAGCCUUGCCGGAUGCUUUUGGGGGGGUGGAGAAGUUGUCUCUGCUGCUCAGGCUGGAGGAGGCACAAGCCCGUGGGCGAGCGCUGGAGAGGCAGCUGGAGAAGGCAGCGAGGAGGUGGGGACAGGAGAAGCAGGAGCUUGGCACCCGUCUGCUGGAGCAGGAACACGGCUUCCAUCGUGCCCCCACCUUGAACCUGUCCAUGACCUCCCCAAGAAGACCCCAGCUCCUACCCCCCCUGCUUUAACCCCCCCCACCCCCCACCACGGGGUGAAAGAGACCAGGACACCUCAGGCUGGCAAACAGGAGCUGAUGCUUUUCCAC